GAUUAACGCUAGCUUUCUGGGGCACGGGGCCAGCACGUCUAGCCAGAUAGAAGUGCCACGACUUCACACAGUAGUCCAGCGAUUGCCCGGCGUAGUAAGGGAGAAGAUUUCUGAGAAAACGCAACUAAGCUAAACAGCUGCAAAUACAGAGGAACGGCCGAUCGCAAUUGUUACGUCUACAACUGAAAGCUCUCGGCAGUGCCUCAUUUUUUUCUCUGACCCAAGCAGACACAAUCUCAUCAAUAGCGAGGUGAACUAACAUUGAACAAUGGAUAUCUAUGACCCCCAGACCCUUGGUAUAUUGGUUUUUGGUGGAUUCAUGGUGAUCUCUGCAGUUGGGAUCGCUCUUGUGUCUACCUUCUCAAUGAAGGAGACCUCUUAUGAAGAGGCUCUGGCGAAACAACGUAGGGAGUUAGGUAAGACACCGUCAGGUAGCACAGAGAAAAAGAAAAAGGACAAAACAGCUGACAAAAAGAACCGUGGAAAGAAAAAGGAAGAAAAGCCCAAUGGAAUGAUCCCAGAAGCUAAAAAAACCAUUGAGAAAGGUCAAGCUGGUCAAGUCCCCGAGCCUGUUGCUUCAUCAAUUGUGGCUACUGCUCCUGCCUCUAAAUCAUUACCGCCUAAGCCAAAAGCUGUCAAACAAUGCCCAACUCCUGCUGAAUCCUCACCUGUGCCCGACUCCUCACCCGUACCUUCGCCUAAAGACAAAAAGAAGAAGAAGUCAGCCAAGAUUGAGGAAACCUCCACACAGCCUCAACCGGGCAAAUCCUCAUCAGUUCCUUCAGUCCAGGCCACGGAACCUGCCAAGGCCAAAACUGUAGCUGCCUCUGCUCCAACCAAAGUAGUUCCCUCAACUUCUGCACCUUCCAAGGCUUCCCCUGCUUCACCGUCAACCAAAUCUACUUCUAAGUCUCCUCCGCCCUCGGCUAAAUCGGGUUCGCCUUCUACCAAAUCUGGUAACGUUGCCCCCGCCUCAGGCAAGUCUACACCAGCUUCACCCAAGUCCGCCCCGGCCAAAGAUAAAUCCGCCCCGGCCAAAGAUAAGUCCGCCCCGGCCAAAGAUAAGUCUGCCCCGGCCAAAGAUAAGUCCGCCCCGGCCAAAGAUAAGUCCGCCCCGGCCAAAGAUAAGUCCGCCCCGGCCAAGGAUAAGUCCGCCCCGGCCAAGGAUAAGUCCGCCCCGGCCAAAGAUAAGUCCGCCCCGGCCAAAGACAAGUCCGCCCCGGUCAACGACAAGCCCGCCCCGGCCAACGACAAGCCCGCCCCGGCCAAAGAUAAGUCCGCCCCGGCCAAAGACAAGUCCGCCCCGGCCAAAGACAAGUCCGCCCCGGCCAAAGACAAGUUCGCCCCGGCCAAAGACAAAUCCGCUCCGGCCAAAGACAAAUCCGCUCCGGCCAAAGACAAAUCCGCUCCGGCUAAAGACAAAUCCGUUCCCGCCAAAGACAAAUCUGCUCCGGCCAAAGAGAGGUCCGACCCAGCCAAGGACAAGUCUACCGAGGACAAGUCCGCCCCAGCCAAGGACAAGUCGGCCAAGGAAAAGUCCGCCCCGGCCAAGGAAAAGUCCGCCCCGGCCAAGGAAAAGUCCGCCCCGGCCAAGGAAAAGUCCGCCCCGGCCAAAGACAAGUCCACUCCGUCCACGGACAAGUCCGCCCCGGUUAAAGACAAGUCCGCUGGGGCAAAAGACAAGUCCGCUGGGGCAAAAGACAAGUCCGCUGGGGCAAAAGACAAGUCUGCCGAGGCCAAAGACAAUUCCACCGCGUCCACAGAGAAGUCCACCGCUUCCACAGACAAGUCCGCCCCGGCCAAAGACAAGUCAGCCGCCUCAACCAAAUCAGGAAAGUCUACCACGGCUGUAUCCAAGUCUGCUGCUGCUCCAACCAAGUCUUCAGCGGUACCCGCCAAGUCUGCCCCACUUCUUGAAUCUGUCAUUAAAGCUGUUCCCGUCAUGGCUGUACCUCCAGUUGGGUCUAGUGGACCAAAACCACAGGAGCCCAAGAAGAAGGCCUCCAAGAAAAAAUCUGAGAGUGUGGAAGUUGGGGAUUCCGCUGACACUCCACUGUAUCUACCCUACAAGACUUUGGUGUCCACCAUCAGCAGCAUGGUCUUCAGUGAGAGAGAAGCUCACAGCCUCAUUGAGAUGUUGUCCGAGAAAGGCGGCAUCAUCCAGGACACCUGGCACAUAGCCACUCAGAAAGGAGACCCAGUGGCCAUGCUAAAGAAACAAUUGGAGGAGAAGGCGAAACAGCUGGGGGCUCAGCAAGAAGACUCCUCUGCAGCUAAGAACCGUCUGAGAGAGCUGACUAAGGAGCUGGCUGCUGAGAAAUCCAAGGUGGCUAGUGUUGAGACCAGGCUGAGCUCUCAGCUAAGCAAGAGGGAGCAGGAAAUGAUUGCUUUGCAAGCGCGCAUGCAGGCCAGCUACCAGGACCAUGUAGCACAAUCCCAGAAGCUCACUGCCAAGAUUGUCAGCCUGCAAGAUCAGAUAGAAAAAGGUCCCAAUGCCCAGCUGGCCCGUCUCCAGCAGGAGAACUCUAUCCUCCGUGAUGCUCUCAACCAAGCUACCAGUCAGGCUGAGAGCAAACAAAAUGCGGAGCUAGCCAAACUGCGUCAGGAAUGUGCAAAGCUAACCAAGGAACUUGGAGAGAAGACUGAAAUUCUGCAUACUGACGAACAUGUGAGGAGAGGGUUGGAGGCCAAGGUCUCUGCCACAGAGAAGCAACUGUCUUUGCUGCAGGCCAACCAUGCAGAGAGCCAGCGAGGGUUGCAAAGGAAACUGGAGGAGGUAUGUGAGGAGCUGAGAACUACCCAAACUGCAAAAAACACCCUGCAGGACUCUUUGAAGAAGGCCCAGCAGGACACCAGUGCACUCUCAGAGUUUCAGGUGCAAAUGGGAAAUCUUGAAGCUCAGGUCAAGGAACGCGCCGCUCAGGUGGACGCUCUCACUGCUCAGCUCGAGGGAACACAGGUUGAGAAACAACAGCUUGUGCAACAGUUGGCGUCCAUCAACUCUUUGCUUGAGGCCAGUAAGAGUGAAAAGCAACAGGCUUCUGAGCAGCAGAUGAAUGCUGCAGAACUGCAGCAAUUAAAGCUCAGCUUGCAGGAGAGGGAUAACCAGUUGAACACUCUUCAAGAGGAACUGAAGCAAUUUCAGAUAAAGAAGGCAGCAGCGGAGAACACAAUUUCUGAGCUAGAACAGAGACUCAAGAGUGAGGAUGCCGGCCUCAUCGCCUCGCUUCAAGAUGAACUUAAAAACCUUAAAGAGAUGGUACAAGUGAAGGACACUACACAAUCAGAUGUCUCUGCAGAACAGAUAAAGAGCAGUUUGACAGAGAAGGAGGCCCUUGUCGCAUCACUACAAGAGCAGCUGAAGGAGUCAAAGCAAGAUGAAACUGCAAUGAUCCAGCUAAAAGCUUUUGAAAGUGAAACCAAAGAAUCUCUCCAAAAACUCUUCCCACUUGUAUCUUUAGAAACACAACAGCCAAAUUGGUUGCAGGGUUUUACGAUCAAAGCUCAGGACGUUCUUAAACAGCACAACCAACAAUCCAAGUCAAGUCAGGAAUCACCCCCUGAGUUGUUUGAAAAGCUGAAGGAGGCUGAGGAGAACAACACGACCCUGCAGGCAGAGUGUGAACAGUACAGGACAGUUUUAGCUGAAACGGAAGGAAUGCUGAAACAUCUGCAGAAGAGUGUGGAGGAGGAGGAGUCGGUGUGGAGGUCUAAAUUGUCGAGCUCCGAGGAGCAAUUGAAAGCGGCUUUAGAAGAAGUACAAACAUUGGAGUCAGAGAAACAAAGUAUAAAGCAGCUGAAAGAGCAGAUGAUGCUUCUGGAAGCACAGCUGGAGAAGCAGUCAGAUAAUCAUUGCAUCGCUGAGGAGAUGGAACAGCUAAGAUUGCAGCUGUCUGGCAGUCAGAAGCAGCUGGACUUGGCCCACAAGGAGGUCCAGGCACACAAGGAGGAACUUGCUAAGGUCAAAGAGCAGCUGAGCCAAGUCGCGUUGAGCGGCCAGCCCGAACAGAACGGCCCCACAGUGGCUCAUCCGAGUCAGGUAUUGUCAGAGUUCAAUCAGACAAGUGAGGAGACGGCUGCGAGAAAGAAGUUGUCUGAAGAGUUUCAGCAGGCCCAGGAAACCAUCACAGAGCUUCAAGCUCAACUGGAUCUUCUGAGAGAUUCAGCAGAGUCACAGCAAGGUGACUCUGAAGAUGUUGCUCAGCUCAAGGAGCGUCUGGAGAAGGAGAAGAAGUUGUCCAAAGACCUAGGGCAGGCAGCCACCAAGCUCCAGCAUCUUCUCAAAGCAACACAGGAGCAGCUGAGUAAAGAACGAGAGACGGUUGUUACACUACAGGAGCACCUAGAUACCAAGGGAGAGUAUGUGGAAUUAAAGGAGGGAACAUCCGUCUGAGAUGAAGCUCACUGUGUGGACAUCAAGCCAAAUAUGCCUUAUGAUUACCGUAGUUAUGCAUUCCAAAAUUAUUUCUUUUUUGUACUGUAGUGUUUUUUUUUUUUUUUUUAAUGAGAUGCCAGUAAUCAAAUGUUUGAUAUAAGCAUUUCAAAGUAUAGGAGGAAAACAUGCUGCAAUCUUGACUUAAAACUCACAUUCCAUCAACAAUUCUGACUAUGUCAGAUGUGUAUCCCUCUGCCUUUUAAUCCAAAUAUUUCCCCAUGGUUCAGUGUUAAAAGGGAAACCGGGUGUACGUUAAACGUACAUUAACCUGUGCAAUUACUUUGUAUGUUUUUUUUCUAAUGUGCUUGACUGAUGGAAACACUUCAAUGACAGUACAAGUGCUUUGUGCCUGAUUCGCUCCAAAGCAGGCCACCAACUUGUGUUGAAUUUGUAUUAAUGAAUAAACUACAGUCUAACUAUAAUAA